AUGGCAUCGCCUUCAAAACACUUUGAUGUGUUUGGCAUGCAGCCUAUAUUCAGCAUAGACCAGCAUGCACUCAAAAAGCAGUACCACGAGCUCUCCAAAAAGUUCCAUCCUGACGUACAAGGCAACUCUUGUACAGCACAGGCACACAUGGACGAAAUUAACAAGGCAUACAGCAUUCUAAAAGACGACUUUUCACGCGCAAAGCAUCUAAGCUGUAUCGAGCCAUCGCCUGUUAGUCAGGAGUUCCUCAUCGAGAUGCUUGACUAUGAAGAUGCAAUAUCUAGCAUCACAAGCAAUCACCAAGAACAGGCCAUCAGAAACGAUCUAUUGCAAAGAAUCGAGCAGUGCAAGCUCAACCAUUCAAAUGCUGAGCAUUUGAGCAAAUGGGCAUACUACGAGCGACUAAUAAAAAUCCUGGACGAAAGCAAAAUCACACUGCAGCAAUAA